AAAACUAACAAACACUUUAAAAAAAGUCUGUUAGAAAACUAAUAAAUAUUGUGUUUCAAAUUGAGUUUACAAGUGAUUAAUUUAUUUGUGGUUUUAUGAAUUAAAUAGAGAGUGAUGUUUGAUACGUUCAAGGCGCAAUUUAGAUUAAAAUGGCGUCAAUAUUUAGCAGCAUCGUUAGCAAGCUACGGCAGCCUAUGCACGGGGAUGUCCAUGGGCUGGACGUCCCCCGUGAUGCCUCUCCUGAGCGGUCCCGACAGUCCCCUGGUAGAAGCGCCUACUCACCAGGAAGAGUCCUGGAUCGGAUCGCUCCUAGUGCUAGGCGGCCUCUUCGGUCCCCUCAUCACGGUCCCCCUGUCCAAGCACGUCGGCCGCCGGUGGAUCAUCAUCUCCACUAAUCUACCGCUCCUCCUGGGUUGGCUGUUAGCUGGUGUGGCCACCACGUUACCAACGUUGUACGUCGCGCGGCUGAUGUGGGGAUGCGCUACAGGGAUGAUGUUCGCCACUAUACCGCUCUAUAUUGGGGAGAUUUCUGAGGACGCAAACCGUGGUGCUCUGAGCGCGCUUUUCCUCCUCUUCAUCAACGUCGGCUUCCUCUUAGCGUACGCCAUUGGUCCCUUCACAUCCUACUGGGGCCUCACCGCUGCUGGAGGGAUCCUGUCAUUAUUCUACGUGCCUUUCACCUGGUUCAUUCCGGAGACGCCCUUCUAUCUGGUCUGGAAAGGCCACACAGAAGAAGCCUCAAAGGUGCUCCAAAGCUUACGAGGAACAUCAAAAGAUGCAGUACAAGCCGAGUUGGAUGGACUGAAGGCCAUGGUGGCUCGGGAGUUCAAGGAAGAACCAAGGAUCAAGGACUUAUGGGCUACCAGGGGCAACGUUAAGGCGUUAGGUAUCUGCGUGUUCUUAGCCAUGCUGCUGCAGCUGUCCGGGAUCGACGUGUUGCUGUUCUACAUGGAGGAGCUGCUGAAGAAAGUCGGGACCAAGAUGUCGGCCGCCAACGGGACCAUUCUCAAGGGCUGUGUCCAGGUCAUAACAAGCUGCGUCACUCCGCUGGUGGUGGACAGGCUCGGAAGGAAGUUCCUGAUGUGGACCACUUCGCUCGGACUUACCAUUUUCUUAUUCCUGAUCGGAGUGUACGCAGUACUGGACUUGCAUUUCAAGGUGGAUGUCAGCUCGUUCGCCGCCGCUCCGCUCGUUUGUCUCGUGUUCUACAUGAUUCUAUUCACACUGGGUGUGGGUCCAGUGCCAUGGAUCCUGGUAGCGGAGAUGUUCCCGGUGCGGACCAAGUGUCUCGCUAGCGGCAUCGCUUCCUUCAUGUGCUGGCUCGCCGGAUUUGUUUGGACCAGGUUCUUCCGCGAAGUAGAAGCGUCAUACGGCAUCUACACGGCGUUCUGGAUACUGGCCGUGUGCUGCGGAUUCGGGUUCAUAUUCUCUGCGGCCUUUCUGCCUGAGACCAAGGGCAAGACCUUCGAUGAGAUACAGGCGAUGCUUAACAAAUCUAACAAGGAAGAGGAGCCCAAACCAGUUAAUGUCUAGAAAUAAAUAUAAUUAUAAGGUUUUUUUUUUUAAUUAGGUAAUUAUAAGUUUUAUUUAUCUCACAAAGGAUACAUUUUACAAAAUGUACAAAACUUAAGAAACUAAAACCUCUGAGCCAUGCCGGGUCCAUUAUAAGGAUUAUUUUCAUAGGGUAUAUUGAUAUCGAAUUCUGGCCGCCAUUUUGGUGAUACAUGUACAACUCACAACUAGUUUAAGUCCUUGGCGUUCAAACUGUUGAUUAGGAAUUCCAAUAUGUAAAGUUAGUCACUAAGUUAGGAAAAAUCAUACAAACGCACUAGUGUUUCAUAGCCGGGCUCAUUUAGACGAUGCGAGAACUCGCAUGCGAGUUUCAUUACAUUGCGGGUUUUGACCGGUCGGUUGAAUUGGACGUAACCAACAGUCCGCAAUGUAACUAAAAUCGCAUGCGAGUUCGCGCGCCGUCUAAAUCAGCCCUAAACCCAAUGGUUAACAAUAUUUUUACGAAUAGCAACUAUUGGACGAGUAUCGACGUGGAAGAUUA